AUGGCCGCGAAACUCCUACAUUCUCUUCUGUGUACACCUGAAGAGUUUGAGGAGCACAUCGAACUGUUUUCGGCGUCCAUAAUCCUGUCUACGGUAUAUGGGUGCGACGUGGCUUCAAAAGAUGAUCCCUUGUUCAUAACUGUGAAACGCGCCAAUGCUGCUGUAAUGACGUACAGUACACCUCUCAUACUUGGAGUCAUCGAUGCCCUCCCUUGGCUACCAAGAUUCCCACAUUGGCUCCCUGACGGCGGAAUGAAAGAGAUUAUUGCUUUUGUUACAGCUAGCGCUCAGGAUCUGGUACAUGCCCCUCUCAGGCAUUUCUCCCAGUCAAAGGAUAUUGACAAUCCUAGAGAGUCCAUGGUGGGGGACUUCUACCAAAUGCGGAGCGAGAAAGAAAUACCUUCUACGACUGAGGUAGCAAUGAAGUGGGCUGCUGCGACCGCAUUUGCUGCCGGAACGGACACCACAUUCUCGACCAUUGUAUGCUUCAUUUACGCUAUGAUACUACAUCCAGACGUCCAGAGACGGGCUCAAGCGCAACUUGACCCAGUGGUCGGACACGAGCGACCUCCGACUCUUGAUGACCGGAAGGGUUUACCUUUGAUAGACGCCAUCCUUCGCGAAGUCAUUCGAUGGAUACCCGUCGUUCCCACUAAUCUACCUCACGCUGUCAGCGAGAACGACAUUUACGAAGGAUACUUUAUACCGAAAGGUGCCAACGUCAUCGUAAAUAUAUGGGCGAUAUUUCGGGACGAAAAGCGAUACCCUGACCCCGAGGCAUUCAACCCUGACCGAUUUCUCACAUCGGACGGGGCCCUUACAAACGACAUGUCGUAUAUGACAGUGUUUGGCUUUGGGAGGCGCAUUUGCCCAGGUCGUCACCUCGCCGAAACAUCUAUAUGGGUUGCAAUGGCUAACAUGCUUGCGGCUUUCACCUUUGAGACCCUCGAAAAUGUAAACGGAAAAAGCUGGGAAGAGGAUAUUAAGUGGACAUGGGGCAUUACAGCUCGCCCUACGGGGUUUAAGUGUACCAUCACACCUAGGUUUCACGGAGUAUGGUGA